GACGGAAUAGAGUCGAUCGGCUAUAACGGAGUAUACAGACAGAACACAGUGCGCGGAGCAUUCAACACCCACUCGUGGGAACCACCGAGUGUAUUGAACCAUCGGUAUGGAGUACUGAAGUUGCAGUCUUCUUAUAUAUAUUUAUAUAUAUAUAUAUAUAUUUUUUCUGCGGAACGUUUAAUUAAUAUCGUUCGAACUGGGAAAGAUUGUAAAUAUCGUGGACAUUGGUCACUCGCCAUUACCGAACCACUGAACGUUCACUCAUUAAUUUGGAGUGCUGUAGAGUUCGAAAGAAGCUCUGGCACAUUAUAUUGUAUCAAAAGCAGACGUGACGACCCGCAGUCGUCUACCUGUUGAAAUCAUGAGUCAGGCGGACAUGACUUGCUCUGCGCGUCAAAGGGUGUUUCAGGAAGCGCUCAGGAAGGGCAACACUAAGGAACUUCACUCCCUCUUACAGAACAUGACAAACUGUGAAUUUAACGUGAACUCGUUCGGACCGGAGGGGCAGACGGCGUUGCACCAAUCUGUGAUCGAUGGGAACCUGGAGUUAGUGAAGCUGCUGGUGAAGUUCGGCGCAGACAUCCGACUGACCAACAGGGACGGAUGGAGCGCGCUGCACAUAGCAGCGUUUGGUGGACAUCAAGACAUCGUUCUGUACCUCAUCACACGGGCGAAGUACUCAUCAAGCGCACUCUGAGGCAAUCAAACACUGUGCCAAAGCUUAAUUGUGAUAACGUGUUUAUGGACUUGAUUCAGUAUCAGUAGGCACACAAUUCAAAUCCAAAAAGCAAUUUUAGAUAUUGUUGGGUUGGUACAAUGUCUUAGAUGUGGUUUGCCAACUUUUGAUGCACGAUGAAAAUGAUCAAUGUGUUAUUUAUCGAGAUCGGCUUGUAUUUAUAGGUUCUGGAAAGGACAAACUGAACACUCAAAUCAAAGUACAAAAGCUGACACUUGGUGGUCGUUCAAGAUGACCGACACAUACAGCAUAAUCUUAUACAGACUUAUAUUAUUUACACAUUCUCUCUGCAUGCCCUCUAAAACAGGGACUGAUGUCAGCUACCUCAACUGUAAUGCAUUUAUUGCCAUAAUUUUCAUCAAGGUUAGUGUCAUAUAGUUGGCAGUUCAGGAUCUGUUUGGCUCCCCAUAAAUGGAAAUAUCCAAACAACACUUCCUGGUCCAGACACUACCAAACAGAACUGUGUUUUGGGACUGUCAUGUGUCGUUACUCAUCAGUUCCCAUUUCAACUGAUUUCCGGACACUAAAGAGAAGCUUGUUUUAGAGAAAAUGCGUUGGAUCUGUGAUAAGAGAUGAUUAGUGUUAUUUUCAGCUGACAUCUAAAUGUCAGACUCCUCACAUUUCAAGCCCGAUUUUACAGUUUUGUCAUUCAGAUGUUGAGCAAAUCCAUAGAACAGUGACAUCUCACACAAGUCUAUAGACUGCAAUAUAAUCUAAAGGCGUUUUCUGCUUAGACCCCUUGUCAACUCAGGCAAGAUGUGGUAAUGUUUGAUUAUGUUGUGACUUUUCGAACACUUGUGAUGAAGUGUCAUUCAUAGUCAGUAUGGGAAUAUAUAUCACUUAUACUUGAGAAUGUUUUAACUAUUGCACUGAUGGCUGUUUUAUGACUUGUUGGUGUCAUGCCAACUUUUAAAGAUACUAUUUUUCUAGAUGGAAAAAGAAUUCUUAUUUUAUGGAAACUCCAAGGUGGUUUUCACUAAUUUUUUGCAAAGGCGUUUAAAUGCCUAUAUUGAAUUAUGGAAAAUUUUGUAACACACUCUGCUUGAAUGUUCCUCUGAAAGUAGUUAAACAUAUUCUAUAGACUAUAACACCUAUGUUAAACUUUUGGAAUGAUCAACGGUAUUACAAUGUUAAUAACAAUGUUAUCAAUAACAAUGGUAUAAUUGUUAUUAUAAUACAUUUUUCCUAAGUUUAAACCCAAACCUCAACCCAACCAUAAAGUCUAACCCCUUACCCAGUCCCUGAACCUAACCAUGAUUUUAAUAGGAAAAUAACUUUUGUGUACCACGGAAAAAGAAAAAAUGGGGAUUUGGAACGAGACGAGGGAAGCAUAUUACAGGUUAUUAACAUUCAUCAGUCAUUUGUAUUGCAUAAAUAAAAAAGAACGAGGAGCCACAUUUGCUAAAAAUCCUAUUAACAUUUUUUAUUGGCUUGUUGAUUAUUUUCUAAGAGAGUAAAAGUCGUGCGUUUUUGUACGAAUACGAUUUCUUACAAUUUCGCAAUUUCGUACUAGACUUGUCUUGACAGUGACAGUGUUAACUAGGUAUCAUUUUGACAUGAUGGGGGAACAUACAAGUAGAGUGUCUACUCUUGGAGCACUUCCUAUCUGACGUCCCAUCCUCCUCUUUUUAAGGGGGAUGAUACAUGUUAAAACCAGUGUAACUAGAAGUUGCACAAUGCACAAGUCUUUACUUGAUAAUGCCAUAACAUUUAUGACAUGAAAGUAAAUGUAACUUCUUUGAUUGAGAUAAAAGUCAAAUGAUUGAUUUUGUUUGGACCAACUUUUGAAAUAUUAUUUUCAUCAAAGAAAAGUUUGUGGAAAAGAGGCCUACAAAUUGUACUCUCUUUAUUUUAUUUUUUGUCUUUUGUGAAUUUUUACUUUGUUGUGUGUUUUUUUAUUUUUUUAUAUCUGUUUCGCUCUUUGUUUAUGUGUGAAAUUAUGUAAGUGGUCAUAUUUUAAAGAUAUUACAUUGCUGUAUUUUGUGUUUUUGUACAAAGGCAUUUUAGAUAUUAAAUUCUGUGGUUUUAAGAAACUUGUUGGUGUAAUGCAUAGACUUGCACAUGGCUCUAUCCAUGAAUGAGGAUUCUCUUGGAAUGUUAUUGUUCUUUUAAGUCAGUCUGUGGCUCUUCCUGUGCCUCAGGUAGCUGUUCAAUAGUUCCAAGAAAUAGGCUACAAGCGAUCAAGAUAAAUUAACUGUGAAAGCACCUAGAUAUGCAGCUAGUCUAAACACAUCUUUAUAAAUAAAGGUUAUACAGUGUUUUGCAAGUCAGGGAAAAAACAUGUUUUGCAUUAUUAAGUAGCUUCAAGCAGAUGCUAGCCUUAGCAUGUAUUAGCUUCAUGGUCAGUAGUUUGGCUGCA